CAGAAGGGGUUUGCUCUAAAAGGGGGUUCUUCCGAACCAUAGAACCACAUCACUCCUGGUUACGAGUCUGAUUAUUAACUAUUAUUAUAACUAUUUUAUAGGCUACUCCAUCUAAGGAACGUAGCUAUUCAUGCAAACUUGACGCUGUCGUUACUCCUUGCACAUGUGCUAUUCAUUACUGGGAUCGACGCUACUGAAAACCAGACGUCGUGUAAAGUAAUUGCAAUUUUUUUGCAUUACUUUUUCCUCUCAUCUUUUUCCUGGAUGAUGAUCGAGGGCGCAUAUCUGUAUGUAAAAGCCAGUCAAGUGCAUCGGAAACCAUUGAAGAUCAUCCACUAUGCUAUCAUUGGCUGGGGUUCACCCAUAAUUAUUGUUGGCAUAACGCUUUGUGCCAGAUACAGUGGAUACGGUUCGGGUGUUGCGUGCUGGUUGGGCUUAAAUGAUGGAGUUAUUUGGGCAUUUGUUGCACCAGUACUUAUUGUUGGAAUGAUUAAUACACUGAUUAUGGUGAGUGUCAUCAGAACAUUUACCUCACUGAAGGCCAAUGCAGACAAAGCAAGGACUGAACGAAUGAAGUCAAACCUGCGAGCCAUUUUACUUCUUCAGCCACUGCUUGGUGUCACAUGGUUAUUUGGAGUUUUGUCUUUCAACUUCUCAUGGGCGAUAUCUUUUCAAUAUCUCUUCGUUAUCUGCAAUUCGUUACAGGGAGCAUUCAUAUUCAUUCUUCAUUGUGUCAUGAACGAAGAGGUAAAGAAAGCAGCUCAACGCUACGUACACAGAUUGAGGUCAUCUCAUCAUAGUGGUAUACGCGGUAAAGGGAAGGUCCACUCGAAGUCCCAGGAAAGUAGAACAGCCACAACCGCAGUAACAGAUUCGACGGAUGCAUGGAAUUAAUAUGAAUAUUCAUAGAAGUCAGUAAGCUGAACAAAUGCUAGUAAAAUUUGGCGGUCUAACUACAAUGAUACAUCAAUCACGAGAUAAAGAUGAGAAGAAACAAAAACCCAAGAGCUAAUAAGUUCUAUUUGCUAAAAUAUUAUUAUUAUUAUAACUAUUAUUAUUAUUAUUAUAACUAUUACUAUUAUUAUUAUUAAGGAAGGCAAAUUAAAGAUUUAUUAUUAAAUUCAAAAAACUUGGACAGGCCCG